CACACACUGCUGCCAGUGCCCACGGGUGCUUGUGCAGGAGGAACAUCGCAAAUAUCCAGCAGCUGGCCAAAAGUGCGGCAACUCAAAAGUGCGGAAGCUGUUUUGUGCAGUGAGCCACGGCAAACAACAGCAGCGGCAGCAGUGCUGGUGAGGAAGCAGAGCAACGAUGGCGGAUCUCCGUGAAGAGCUGCAGCCGCGCAAGGCCAAGUGGCUUGCCUUCCUCGAGGACGUGUCCAAGGAUGGCUUCUACAAUGACAAGAUCGAGGACAUGAUCCAGAAGGAGCAGAAUCGGCUCAUCAUCAACAUCAACGAUGUUCGCAAGGAAGACCCAGAGCUUGCCAGAGAGACAAUGACCUCGCCCAUGCUUGAGGUCACGGCUGCUCAAUUGGCUCUGAAGGAGCUUGUGGACACAAAGGACUCGGCAUACUCCACAAAAGAAGGGAGCUUCUUCGUUGGGUUCAGUGGCUCCUUUGGCGCCCACCACGUUACACCGCGUGGCCUCUCCGCGGACCUUCUGGGCCGCCUGGUCUGCGUUGAUGGCAUCGUCUCCAAAUGCUCCCUGGUCCAUCCAAAGGUGGUGAAGAGCGUGCACUACUGCCCACAGACGAAGCUGUCACUUGAGCGUACCUACCGCGACGCCACCUCCAUCGACGGGCUCCCCACAUAUGGCCUCUACCCACGCGAGGAUGACCAAGGCAACCCGCUCGUGACGGAGUACGGGUACAGCGUGUACAAGAACCACCAGCGCAUGACAAUCCAGGAGAUGCCUGAGCGGGCGCCGACAGGUCAGCUCCCACGCUCCAUCGACGUUAUUCUCGAUGACGACCUCGUCGACACGGCAAAGCCUGGCGACCGUGUGCAGAUUGUGGGCAUCUACCGCGCGCUCCCCAACAAACGUGGCGGAACAACAAGCGGCGUCUUCCGCACUGUGCUCCUGGGCAACACCGUUCGGCAGCUGGAGAAGGAGGUGCAGAUGCCUUCGCUCACAGACACGGACAUCAAGAACAUCCUGAAGAUUUCGAAGCGCAAGCGGGGGCGGGACACGCCGUUCCACCUGCUUGCGCGCUCGCUCGCACCGUCCAUCUACGGCAACGACGAGAUCAAGAUGGGCAUCCUCUGUCUUCUUCUCGGCGGAACGGAGAAAAACCUCAAGCGCGGCGGACACAUUCGCGGGUGCGGGGAGGACGAGGGAGAUGGGGGGGGGGGAGGUGUGGUGUUUCUUGUGUUGUAUUUGUUGUGUGCGUGCGUGCGUUCAGUGCGAACCUUGUUUUCAUCCUCGCACCGCCAACCAUUCACAGCUGCAGUCUCACGCACACGCACACACACACACACACUCACUCCUUCAUACGCACACACAUACACACUCACUCCUUCAUACAUACACACACACACUUGUUCACACGCACAGCAACAACUGGAUGACACGCUGAUCCUUGCGUUGCGUCAUGGAUCAACCAAGUUCAUCUCUGCCGGCAUCCACACGUCGUUGAAUGCGCGGUGCAGCGUGCUCGCAGCCGCCAACCCGGUGUACGGCCAAUACGACCCCUACUCCACGCCAACAGACAACAUCGGCCUCCCCGACUCGCUCCUCUCCCGUUUUGAUCUCCUCUUCAUCGUCCUCGAUAAGAUGGACCCCGAGGUUGACAGCAAGCUGGCCGGGCACGUGCUCAAGUCGCACCUGUACCGCCGUCCGGGCGAGAGCGAGGGCGAAGCGCUGCGGAUGGAGACGGCCGGCGACACCGUCAUCGUCGAGCCACCAGAGGAUGAGGAUGAGGAAGAAACGGAUGUGUGGGCGGCGCAUCAGCCGGGGAUGGCGCGUCGCCGCGGUCGCGCUCGCAUCCUCUCUGUCGACUUUGUCAAGAAGUACAUCAUGUACGCCCGCGCACGCUGCCAACCCAAGUUAACGGAGGAUGCAGCGGAGUUUAUUUCGGACGCGUACUCAACGCUUCGCUCGCGGGAGCACGACGACAAGACGCUGCCCGUCACUGCCCGAACCCUCGAGACCAUGAUCCGUCUCUCCACCGCACACGCAAAGAGCCGGCUGAGCCAGACGGUUGACCGGGCGGAUGCUGAGGUUGCGAUGGAUCUCAUCAACUUUGCCUACUACAACGAGGCCAAGCCGCUGGCAAAACCGCGCAAGAAGCGCCACCCCGACCACGACGACUCGGAUUCCGACAGCGAUGACGGCGUUGAUGGCGGCGAUCGCAUGCCGUCCACGCCCAAACCAAAGCAGAAGCCCCGCGCUACAGCCACACCAACACGCAAGGCAGCGCGCAAAGCGAACGGCCAAUCGGACGCGUCACCAGCGAAAUCAUCCGCAUUUUCAAAGGCGCGAUCCGCAACAGCAGCAUCGGGCGCGUAUGACCCGUAUGACUUUGAUGCGCCAACGACGGCUGCUGGAGAGGAGCAGCCCGCGAAAAAAGCCAAGCAGUCUUCCUCAUCGUCGUCUGCAACCACCACCACCGCCGCCGCUGAUGGUGAUGAGAAUGGCACUGCCCAAGCACAGGAGGAAGAGGAGGAGGAGGAGGCAGCAGCAGGCACAGCGAUUUCUGCGGACGAGAUGAACCGGUUCAAGGCGGCGGUGUUGGCCGUGUACAAAUCCCUCAAGCACGAGACGGUGCAGAUCAGCGAACUCUUGGAUGCGCUGGCCAAGCAAGGCAUGACGUUGACUGAGGAGGAAGCGCGCGACCGGCUGGCCAUUAUGCAAGAAAACAAUCUGGUGUAUGUCAGUGACGACACCGUGUUCCUCGUCUAG